UCUGCACCCUCCAAGAGCCGGAAGAAGAGAAUUUCAGGUCAUUCUAAACAUUAUACUAUAGUAAGUGCAUUUUAAUACUAUAUCUGGUAAUUCUGAACAAUAUACUAUAAAGUGUGUAUUUUAAUACUUUUUCAGGUCAUUCUAAACAUUAUACUGUAGUAUGUGUAUUUCAAUGCUAUUUCAGGUCAUUCUAAACAUUAUACUAUAGUAUGUAUAUUUUAAUGCUAUUUCAGGUAAUUCUAAACAAUAUACUAUAGUGUGUGUAUUUUAAUACUAUGUGAGGUCACUCUGAAAAUUAUACUAUGUGUAUUUUAGUACUAAAUCUGGUCAUUCUAAACAUUAUACUAUAGUAUGUGUAUUUUAAUGCUAUUUCAGGUAAUUUGAAACAAUAUACUACAGCGUGUGUAUUUUCAUACUUUUUCAGGUCAUUCUAAACAUUAUACUAUAGUAUAUGUAUUUUAAUGCUAUAUCAGGUCAUUCUAAACAUUAUACUAUAGUAUGUGUAGGGGUUUCCUAUUCAGCUUCCAUUAAUCUUUUAACAAAUUAAAGGACCUGUUACUUCUGUACAAUGGCUUUAAAGUAAAUUAUCAUUUGACUUCUCUCAUUCUACAGACGAAAAAUGAAUUUAAACUUCAAAUGCAAAUGCUAUUUUGCCAGUGGAAAUAUGAAACACAGACCCAGCUAUAUGCAGUUUGCUGAAAUGAAAAACAUGCAGAUGCAACUUUUCAAUCUGCAACAGGAAGUCACAAAAGUCCAAGCCAUUGGAGAUGACUCCCAGGUGGGAGGGGCUCAACCCCUGUGCUCCGCUGAUUUGCCUCCAGAUAAGAUGGAAACGCUGCAACCGGAUGUACUGAUUGGCUCUGAACUACAGGAAACACACAACAUGUCCCAUAUCGCUCCAUCCACAUUGAUGAGAAGUGCAACCUCCACGGAUAGUGGCCCGGCACCCCUGGUGUCGAGCCUGACGAACUACUGUUGGGACCUCUCCUGCCACAGGGUGUGCUCUUCUAAGACUCUGCUCCAAUUCACGAUCGGUCCCGUGAGCUUGACACACCCCGUGUACAUCUGUGAGAGUGGAGCCAUGCCUUUGCUCAUUGGCAUCGAUGUUUUGAAGUGCUUUGAUGCUUUUAUCAAUAUUGGGGAACUGAAGGUAGGUGUUAGAAAACCUCUGCCAUUCACUCCACCUUCUUUCCCCGACUCACGCUGCCUUGCGGUAGGUGAUUCUGAGCAUGGGGGAACCGCAUGCUCACUGCCGAGCUCAAAGCCAUCAGAGACUCCCUCUGAUGUUUUUUCUCAGAUUGAACAGGUCGUGGACCAAGCAGAUGCUCUUACCAACGAUGUCGAGCGAGACAAACACUGACAACUUUUGU